AUGAAAUACGGUGCUUUAUUUGCAACUGCUUUUGCUAUUUCCGCUGCUAAUGCUACUUUCCUCCCAGGUUUGUUGGGUAGUUUGGGAGGUUCUUCAAGUGGCUCAACCUCUUCCAGUGGUGAAGGUUCUGCUCAACCAUGUGACACUUCUGGUGAAGGUUCUGUUGAAACUGUUUACGUUUCUGGUUGUGAAACUGGUAACUGUGGUGGUGCUCAAGCUUCUACUGGUGGUACUGCCACUACCGGUGGUGAAGCUAGUGGUUCUUAUGACCAAUCUUCAUCUUCUACUUCUGAAGUCCCAACUGAUAUGUUUUCACAAAUGAUUGGUGGUCUUUCCAGUCUUUUGGAAACCGGUUUCAGUGGUAGUGGUUCCUUGUUGCACAACUUGAUUGGUUAA